UAGCGUGCCGAGCGAGCAGCAAGCAGUGCUGAACGUCGUCGUCGUUUCUCAGUGUCGCCGCGGCGGUCGUGCCAGACGGUUCUCUUGUAGUAGUUUUUCGUGGUGCGCGCUCAACGUUCCGUUUCGUUUCGUUCUGUUCCGAGCGCGUUAAUUUCGGUGCAACGUGCGACUUGUUUGGAUUAAAUUGGAUUAACGUAUACUCACACAAGGACGUGUCUCCAGAGGAUUAUCGAUUCGGUGGCAGUCUCGUAUCGCUGUAAGAAAUCAUCUAGAAAAUCUUCUAGGGAGAAUAGAUUUUUGAGCAGCUUGUCCAAGGAUAUCAAUAUUCAGUAGUGUGUGACAGUAAUUACGACCUUAUUGGCGGUCCUCAUUCCUCGUUGCGGGGCACUUGUCGUAGAAAGGAUCAGAGUUUGAAACAUGCGUGAACGAGGAAACGCCGCACGAAACGAACGGCAGACGCGAGUUUGAAAAGUGUAACGACGCCAAACGCCACGUGCUACACGGGCGCCAUCGCAGGCUGAAUUUUGAAUUUCGCGCGAUACAUACGGUGAAGUUUGGUUACCGUGGACGGUCCUAACGCGUUUUUCUCAGUGAAAAAUCGUGGUUAUUGGUGGUAAUCUCUCUCGUGGCCGUAGAACACGGCGGGUGGCACAUUGUAGCGUGUCUUGCGCCGCGUUUGUACAAGUGGAUUUAACCUUGCGAUCGAACACGUGGAUGUACGCUGUCCUGUCGACGAUGUCGUGAUUCUGAGCGGCUAAGCUGUCUGCACGAAAAUUCCAGGUGCAGAAGAAAAUGCGCGUGAGGUCAAGGUGACGGUAGAGCAUGGAGACCAUGCAAGACAGCGGCGGGCUGUAUGUCGAUGGCUCGAAAGGAAGUGUCGCGUCGGGUUUACCCAUCUCGAAAACAGUGAAUCAGUUGAAAAUAGUGGAAAGUGGUAAUGAAAGUGGCAAGGUGCUGACAGCAACUAAAUCGGAGAUGGAUCCAUAUAAGGAAUUGGAGUUAUAUCUCGCCAAAGUAAACGAAGAGAUUGGUGAAAUCAUCGAGUCAGCGCCGUCGACUCCCCUGAUCAUUACAGGCGAGCCGAAGUAUCCCCCACAGACGGCGCCGGUGCAGGCAACGUGCUACGCGACGACCGAUCUGUGCAACGUGAAAUCGCUUCCCGCAAAAAGCUUCGCGUUCAGACGACAGAACUCCGCUGGCAGGACCAGCAACGCCGUCGAGGACAUCGGCGAAUGGUCGAACUUCAACACGAUCAUCGCGAACGAAAUCAACGAGCUGACGAAAGAGCUGGAGCGGAAGAGGAACAAGGAAGAGUUGAGGAUCGUGCAGUACAAGGAGCUGUUGAACGAGUUUGGCAUAUCGGACAGCGAGAGUUCCGUUGGAAGCUCGUGCGAGGCGAGCACCGAUCGAUCAUCAUCUCGGCCGAACAAGGAGAACCGUGAUCGACGAAAUGGAAAGUUGUUCAGCGACGAGACAGCCUAUCGCUUCCUGUUGAGCUCGGACUACAACGAGCCACAGGAUCGGAUCGUUUCCGCGGAGAACGAUCGAAGAAAGAGCGGAAGCUUACCCGAAGAUCUGCAACGCAUCAUCGUUGCACAUAGAUAUCAACGAGGAUAUCAUAGGGAUGUCUUGAACACCGACUACGACCAGCCAAAUAAUUCAUCAUUUAUGAGCUUCAUGGAGGAUCACGGGCAGAUCGAUCGAAAUACUUCUAGUCUAUCGUCGAAACUGGAUCGCGGACGUGCGAUGGAGGAAGAGGAAGAAGAUGAUUCGCGCGCCAAGUACCUUGGAAACAGUUACGACCAACCAAAGAAACAUGUAGAGAUAAGUUCGAAGACCAAUGAAGAAGUCGAUGAAAAGAAAACAGUUGGACCUUCGCAGAUCGGAUCGUACAAUUUGCUCGGUAUCGACAUGGAUAAAGACGAGUCGAGCGCGAAAUUACCACCGAGACAGCGGUUGGACGCCCACAGAAAGACUAGCCUGCCGAUGAAUUUGGCGAACCAGAAACGGAGGAGAGUGCCGAGAUUGGCUAGAAUUCGGCGCAACGACGACCAAAACGCGAUGGAUCCCGACUAUGACCUGGAUGAGGAUAAAAUACAUUUGCCUGGACCGAGGUCGUUGGACGGUAACGGGCCUAAAUCGGCACCAGUCACGCCAACGGAGGAGAAAAAGUCCCCAUUUUCGAAGUUUCUGUGGAAGAAACAUGCGCCUGUUUUUCACGAGAAUACAGAGGAUGUUGUUCUCGUCAGAGUCUCCUCGUUACCUGAUCAAGAUUUUCUUCAUAUGGAGAACGACACGUUGCAGGGGAAGAAUGGCCGAAUCAAUUGCAAAGGUCUUUCGAAGAAAAGAGCCGUUUCGCCGUUGACUUUACGUUCAGAUAUAUCGGCGAAAAGAUUGUCGGAGUCUGAUAAGGAUGUGAGACAAGUUAGUCCUGUAGAUUUGAAAAAAUUCUCGCUUUCGAGAUCGAGAGGGAACGACGUAGGUGUUAGCUGCGAUCUUCCGAAAGACGACCACGCUGGUUCAAUAGGAAGCGUCGAUAGUGGAAAGUUUGAUCGAGUGGAGAAUGUGGACGUGAAGAAAAUAUUGGAUGAACAGAAUUCUAGAUCUGGUUCGCUACCGAUUUCUCUUCAAUCCCUGUUAUCGAAGAUCCGAAAUGGCUCUGGUUCAUGCUGUCCGAACAGCCCACCGAUGGAUUCGCUUACUUGUGCCGACAUGGCGACGCAAACUUCGCCAGCUAUUUCGAGAAGUUCCAGCUUCACAUGGGUCAGUGAUUGUGACUCUCCACGAGCUGAAUCGCAAAUGGAUUCGCAAUCGUUGCAAGACGAGAGCACAUUGGACCCUGGCUCGCCGCAAGACACCGUGGACGACGACAAUAGAUCGUCGUCGUCGUCGCAAGAUCUUCUGCAGAGCAUGGACGAGAUUUCCUCCGGAAGCCUGUCGCCGGAUACGACUGACAGAGCAUCUCCGCUCGAGAGCGGCAUCGGCACCGCCAGUCCUCCUAGAAGCACCGAUCGACGGAUAGUUAAGCCCCCGUCCUCCAGCAAGUGUCACCGCAAAGAGACCUGGGAGAGGAUCCGGCGGCGGCCAUCGAAGUUGAACUCGAGGAACGACAAACAUUCGCAGGACGUGUGGAUCAAACGCGAGAGCGUACACACGCAGACGAAGGAAAUCGACGACCAAUAUUCGCAGGACGCAGUGGACAGCAGCAGCGGACUCGACGACACCCUGCCGAGGAUCAAACCGCCUCGGCCGACCAAUUUGCCUCUGUGUCUGUCCACUACAGCGAGUAGUUCGCUAAGCUCUGGAGAAUUACUGGAAACACCUCCCAGAGCCCCGUCGUCCCCUUCCGCGGCGAGUCUUCAACUAAAACCGGAACCCCUAAGUGUGGAGAUGGGCGGAAAGAGUAGCAGCGCACCCCUGUUGGAGAACAACGAUGUGGAAAAGACGAACGGGAAGGUGCCGAGUUUACAACAGCCACGCUCACAGUCGGAACGUCAAUUGUCAGAGAUCGAAGCACAAGAAGCUUGCAAAUGGCUGAGAGCAGCUGGUUUUCCACAAUAUGCGCAGAUGUACGAGGAUUACCAGUUCCCAAUAGACGUUUCUGGCGUAGCCAAGGACCAUCCCUUCCUCGAGGCUGAUUCCCUACAAAGUCUAUUUCGACGAUUGCACGCACUUAAUCGGUGUGCCAAUAUGAAAAUCGACACGCAUCACACGCACAGCACUAGUCACAGCAAAAGCGGUGGCGGCGAUGAUUCGGACGAAGAUACACAGUGCGCCCUCAGCGAGAAUUGGACGUUCGAGAAGAAAACCAGACGCUGGUCCCGCGUGUGCGACGUGACGCAAACCAACGUCGAGAGGUUACAGGCGAUUGCUGGGCAGAACUUGCAAUCCGAGGAGGACUCGUUGGAGGAUCGACUGGAAGCCGAGGAAGCCGAGGAUACGAUGCUGGACACUCUCAGAUACAGUAGCUUACCACCUGGUACGCUUCCCGAUGAGAUCGGCCCGAGAUUUCGAAGAACCGGCUCCGAGAGACUGAGGGAUGGAGCUAAAGCUUUCCUUAGGCGGGUCGAGUCGUUGAAAUCCCGACGGCGAAAGCACCAGAACCGCGACGGCAUCGUCAUCAGUGGCCCGCAAAUUCUAGACGUGAUGUCGAUGCAGCAAAAGAUGAAAGAGUUGAAUUGCGUGGACGUAUCACCUACGGGACCCGCGCCGGUGUCUUUCAACGAUCUUUUACCAGGUUCGCCGCUUCACGUGCCUGGAUCACCCGUCACGUUACCAGCUUCUCCUUAUCACCUUCCACCGUCGCCUCUGACCAACGCGCCUAGUCCGUUCGGCGACGAUUCGUCGAGUUAUUGCUCGGACGGGUCACAAGGAGGUGGCCCGACGCCUACGCCGACACGCACGAAGAUGAAUCGAGCGAGAAGGUUCUUGCAUCGUGGCCGAGAGGAUCAAGGCGCGCUCAGCGACUCCGAGUGUCAACCUACCAGUUGGCGACACAGGUAUUUCAGAGACGCGAACAGCAAUCAUGCUAAAGUGUUAGAGUACGUGACUGCCCAUCCCCAAAGUCCCAAGGAUUCGCCGACCAAAACUCCCAUAAAUAGUCGCGGAGGAAGCCUGAAUCUUGGGAAGGAGUCGCAAAGGUACAGGGACAAGUUGUCGGGACAAAGUCAGGAAAGGUACAAGGAAGACAAGGUGGCCGCGUUGAAGAGGGAAGACAAGAUGCACAAGAGCUUCAGACAUCGCGACGAUCCGUACAGAGAGGGUAAACUCUUGUCCAAGGAAGUGACGGUUUACAGAGAAAAGUCGAGGUCCAGGAGUUCCGAACUCGCUGGAAGUCAAGAGAGCAGUUCAACAGUAGCCAGUCGUGAUUCGGAUCAGGAAGAGGAUUCUCCAAGGCACAAGGGUACCGUUGUUAGGUGGCACAGUUUUCAAAGGGGAUCACUGUAUCCUGAACCGCUGGAUCCUCUGUGUUCACGAGCUAUGGCCUCGAUGUCCUGCGGGCAACUCUUGGUACUGAGGAAAUUGGCUCUGUUAAAACUGACCGCUUGCAUGGAACGAUACUGUCCAACUCAUCGUACGGGUUGGAACUGGGAAUUGCCAAAGUUCAUCAGGAAGAUAAAGACCCCUGAUUACAAGGAUAAAACAGUCUUCGGGGUACCGUUGUUGUUAUCUCUGCAGCGAACCGGCCAGGCUUUACCAAAGUGUAUUCAAAUUGCGUUGAGGUGGUUGAGAGCGAACGCCCUCGACCAAGUUGGAAUUUUUAGGAAGAGCGGUGUCAAAUCGAGGAUACAGAAAUUGAAAAUGAUGACCGAGACUCUCGGGGAUAACAUUAAUUUUGAUGGUCAGCAGGCCUUUGAUGUGGCUGAUCUCGUUAAGCAGUAUUUCAGGGAGUUGCCGGAAGCGCUAUUAACCAACAAGUUAUCCGAGACCUUCAUCGCCAUCUUCCAACAUGUACCUGUUGAUCUGCGACCGGACGCAGUGCAAUGCGUCCUGCUGCUUCUGCCAGACGAGCAUCGGGAGGCGUUGGAGACUCUGCUCGAUUUCUUGAACCACGUAGCGAGCAACGCUCCCUACAACCAAAUGACAGCCUCGAACCUGGCCGUGUGCCUGGCACCGAGCCUGUUCCACUUCAACCACAGUAACACGAACGUGACCAACAGGUCGAGCAGCGUAUCGCCACGUAGGAGAAAGACCGUGGGCAUUCCCGAUCAGAGGGAACUGUCGGAAAACAAAGCCGCUCACGACUGUCUUCUGUAUCUGGUCAAGAUGCAUCGUGAAUUAUUCAUGGUCUCCUCGGAUAUGUUGACGCAGUGUCAUUUCAAUUACAUGGAGGAAAGCGUACCGGUCGCCUUGGAGGAGCUGGGAUCCGAACUUAAGCAGGAUUGGAGAGGAUAUCUUUACGCUUGCACUACGGCCUUGUUGAAGGAGGCGCGUGAGAAAAGUCGAGGAUGGGUCACCGUGCACAAUCCAGCUGAUAGCACAGUGGAAAUGGCAUACAAGAAGGUCGGAGAUGGACAUCCGCUCCGAUUGUGGCGAGUGUCAACCGAGGUGGAAGCACCACCGAACGAGCUUCUCCAUCGUGUUCUGAGAGAAAGGCAUAUCUGGGAUCCUCAGCUUUUAAAGUACAGACUGGUCAAUAAACUGGACACCAACGUGGAGGUCUUUCAAUACGCCACUGGGAACAUGAGUCCUCUUCCUGCUAGGGAUUAUUGUGUGCUAAGAUCCUGGCGUAACGAUCUCCCUAAAGGAGCCUGCGUCAUCGUAGAAACAUCCGUAGAACAUCCGGAUGCUCCUGUUAUGCCUGGUGGAACACGUGGUAUUGUUUUAGCCUCGCGCUAUCUUAUCGAACCUUGUGGUAGCGGUAAAUCACGGAUUAUGCAUCUCUCCAGAGUGGAUACAAAAGGACGCACUCCAGAAUGGUACAACAAAAGCUACGGCCACCUCGCUGCCCUUCAUCUCAGUAAAAUUCGCAGCUCCUUCAAGCAUACAACAGAUGGUCCUGAGAGUAAAGUCUGAGAGGAAGCAACCGUGCAACGAAGAUCGUUGCACGGUCCUUUCUCUACUUUACAGGAUCAGGAUGAUCAGCAUGAAGAACACAGGAUCCUGAAGGAUGUGCUACAGGUUCAGCCUACCAUUGACGAGGAAUAAAGAAGAAUUCAAAUCGCGCCCACUUCAUCGGUACCAUGACCAAGAAGUUAAGAGAUCUUGGAAGAUGUAAUGGGACAACUCGCUGUCAAAGAUAUGAAUCCCGUCGUGCGUUUCUCGAGUUGAUUAAUGAGAUGAUAUUUAUAAUUGAAAAUAGGGGAAACAAAAAAAAAAAAAAGAAAAAGAAA